AUGUAUCAUUCGGACAGUCAACUGGAACACUCCUACACCUCCGAUUUGUCCCCUAUGCUCAAGCGCGUCCUCUCCUCCCGUGUGCUAUACGCGGUCUCCCUUCCUCCACCCAGACGAAAAAAUGGCAUAUGGAAGAUCCAGAACUGGAUUAUCCUCGGUCUUUUUGUAUCCGUCAUCCUUCUGGUCUGGUUCACCCUGCAUACGUCUAUCCUGCCCACUUCGAAUUCCCACUCCGAUCGAGAAAAAUUGCACACUUCCUUAGCCUCACUCGGCAAUCCACAAUCAGCGGAUCCGCUCUCACUGCCCCAUUCACCAUCCGACAGUCGGAAUACACUUUACGGAGUUGUGUUUGAUGCCGGUAGUACAGGGACUCGAGUGCACGUGUUCGAACUGAAUCGACCAGAUCAAGGUGAGUCAAACAGUCAUGCUUGA